AUGAAUAAGUUGGAAGAAAUGAUCAAAAGUGCCCUACCUAACUGUGGCUUGAGAGAUGAUCCGCACAUUGAGUCAAGAAUUAAGCAUUGGUCGGAGAAAUACUCUGCAAUGGCUGAGAUGCUGGCACUUUCUGGUUUUGGGUGGGAUGUAGAAAAGAAAAUGUUGCAGCCAGAGAAAGUUGUGUUCAAUGAAUGGGCGAAGGCUCACAAAAAAGCGAAGGGGUUAUAUGGUGUACCUUUUCCUUAUUAUGAGAUGCUUGCUGAAAUUUAUGCUAAAGAUAAAGCAACUAGAGACCUUAGUGAGUCAUUUGUUGGAGCUAUUGACAAUAUGGAUAUUGAGAUUGCAAAUAAUACAAUGACAAUCGAUAGUGAUGGAGAUUAUGUGAAUUCUACCACUAAUUCCACUCAUUCAACUCAUUCCACUCAUUCAACUCAAUCUACAACUCAAUCCCUAAAGCAUCCGAUGAAUAAAGAUACUUCUGAAAGUUUUGGGAAAAUAUUUGAGGACAUCAAUGCAAAUCUUGGAACCAUGGCAAAUGCAUGGUCUAAAGCUGAAGAAAGAGAGCAAAAGAUGGAUGAGAAAGUGAAUAAGGUGUUGGAAGAAGUUAUGAAGUUGGAUGGAAUUUCUCCUUCUGAAGCUUUGGAAGUUGCAACUAUUCUCAUGGCCGAAGAACACAAGCUUCGUAUAUUUUACCAAGCCCCAUCCAACUUGAAGAAACAGUAUGUUCUAGAUCUUCUCAAGAAAAAUAGAAGACAUGCUUGA